AUGGAAAACUUAAACACGCCUCCAAUGGGGCGAGCCAAACCAGAGAUGGUGGGCGGCUCGCCUUCCGGCUCCGCACCGGAGCAGCAAUUACUUCUUAAGAAGCUCAUGCUGCAGAUGCAGGAACAGCAGCGGCAGCUGCAACAGCAGAUGCAACAGAUUCAGCGCCUGCAGGUGGAGCUUGCUGAAAGAUCUCAGAACUCUCCCGGGGAGAGUGACAGCUGUCGCGCCGGUCACACUGCCGACUCGCCCCAGGGUGGUGCUGGAGGGUCGUCUACAUCGUCGGCGCCUUCGGCGAACUGUGUAGGAUCUGCUUCCUCUGCAACGGCGAGCGCUUUCGGGACAGCCCUCCCACGUAAAGACGCGUCCGCCGCUCCAAGAGAACUCGGCAGUGCAGCAUUGCUGACAGACGUGGCUGCUGCGCGUGGCGGUCACCGCAGUCCCAAUCUGCAGCACCAUGCCCUUCCAGCGUCGUUGCCUCGGCAUCCAGGAGUUCCUCUCCGACCGCUUUCUAGACAGCAGUUCGUUGCAGAUGUGGUCGCCGCGACGGCCUCAGCAGCAGCGCCUGCGGCCCUGAGCCCCAGGCAUUCAGAGGCCGCGUCCGUGUCCGGACCCCGGAUGAUGUCCGCCGUCCGCCUUUGGAGGCCUCCCUUGACCGCCCCUGUCUGCAUCUCGUUUGUGGCGCCAGCCUCUUCUGCUUUCGAAGCUCAGGAAACGACCUCGGCAGCCUCGUCAGCCUCUUCUGGCCGCAUCCCGCCGAUGCCGCUGUCUGCUUCUUCAAACAGCUCCUCGCAGGAGAUUGCGUCCUGCGCGCCACCCGCCGCGUCCUGCGCGCCACCCGCCGCGUCCUGCGCGCCACCCGCCGCGUCCUGCGCGCCACCCGCCGCGUCCUGCGCGCCACCCGCCGCGUCCUGCGCGCCACCCACCGCGUCCUGCGCGCCACCCGCCGCGUCCUGCGCGCCACCCGCCGCGUCCUACGCGCCACCCGCCGCGUCUCGUACAGCCCUCCGCGACCUGCGUAGCGACCGUCCCCGGUCGCAGGGCCCGUCGUGCGUGCCGCCAGCUAAGGCGACGGACGAAAGAAUCCUUCCGCGUGUGGGCCUUGCCCACGACGCCCUACAGCGGGCGCCCUCCGCAACCGUGACCGGCGCGCCGGCUGUCGCAGGCCGCACAGUCCUCCUCUCGGCAGAACUUGUGCGCGGAGCUGAGGGGGGCCAGAGCCUGCAGUGCCAGAGUCUGCAGUCGUCUGCCACAGGGGGACUGCCUUCGCGAGCACUUCCACAAGGCACAGGCGCUUGUCGCGCCGCCGCGGGGGGAGCCACAGGCCGCUCCUCCACGGCGACUCCGCCUUCUGCGGCGCCUCAGGGGUGCCCGCCUUCCGGCUUCCGGCCGUCUUCCCUCGCAGGUCGAGCCCCCCUCCGCGUUCCCCGCCUGCCCCCGGGCCUCCGGCGGCGCUCAGCAGGGCCCUUGGUGGCCCUGCGACGCCCCCAGCAGCGUGUCGCUUCCCGAGACUCGCCUGCUGUGGACGCGGAGGCCACCAAAAGUGAGUCAGGGUGUCUGGAGCGGAGGACCCUCCCUGCAGAGUUUGGCGCGGAUUUCGAGCUGGUUGAAGAAGUGCUGAAGGAAGCCAGGGCCUGUCUCUCUGAUUCCCCGCCCGCUGCGGUCGCGGGCCGACACCAGGAGGAGGACGCAGACUGCGACACGCUCCUCCAGGAGCUGCUGGGUGGCGUUCCAGGCUCCGUGGAGAAGGAGAAGAAGCCGCGCGCGCGGCGGAUGACGGAGAAGAAGGAACCUAAGGGGCGCGGAUGCACGAAGGGCGACAAGAAACGCGAGGAGACUCCGGAGCUUGGGGAGGGGAGAGAGCCCCGCGACAGAGACCCUGAAACACGCGCGGAGGAAGGCGGUCAAGCCUGUCGAAGGACCCGGAGAGGAAAGCCAGCUGUUUCCAAGACAAAAGAUGAGGCAGCACGCGACGGGCAGGCUGCAGAAGCUGAGUCGAUGCUGCACUUGCCUGAGGUGACCUCGGGGCCUGCCUCAGAGACAGCGAAGCCGGCGACUCCGGGCGGGACGACUGCCCUCUCGAGGCCGUCGGACGACGCAGAUGAAGAUGCGGAGGAGUUCCUUACGUUCAUUGGGGCGUCGCCGGCGCGACCGAGUUGCCGCGGGCGAGCGGCAAACGCGUGGAGAGGCCACCCAUACCCUCUCUGUCCUGUGGCCGCUCCGGCUACACGCCACCGAGUCGACUCUAGGCGUCAGGCCGUGUGCAUGUGCAGAGGAGACAACGGCUCCUCGUCUCCUUUGUCAUCCUUGGGGCCUUCAUACUUCUGUCUCCCCCUGCGCGGGCCUGCUCACCACGGCCCGGGGGCGUCUCGCGGCGUACCGCGGGGGCGGCGCGGCCGGCUCCACGACCGCAGUCGGAGUGCUUCUCCAGCGGUAUGCAGUUCGCGGUAUUCCCUUCCGUGCUCGCCCCUCGUACGAGAGGAGCUAAGCUCACGCGUGUCUCCUUUUCCGCCUCAGCCCCCGUGCUGUCCCUUGGGUGCCCUGGUUCCCUCCGCUGCGUCGCCGUCGUCCUGCCUCUCGCCUUUGCCUAUUUCAGCGUCUUCUUCGGGCCUCCGCCCCGGCGUGGCUCGCCGCGGCGGCAGCGGGACUGACCUUGCCUGCGCGGGUGCCGCUCCACUCGCCAGGAAGGGCCCCGCCCCGGUCUUCGGGCGAUGUCCGGGCGGGCACGCUGUCUCUUCGCCCAGAAGAGAGAACGAGUCUUUUUCGCCGCGUCCUCGCGGGGCUUCAGGCCGCGGAGGGCCGAGGGACUUCCCCAGACGUGGAGUGGGACGAGGAAGGGCCUGGCGCAGGGAGGAGAGGCGCCGUCACCACGCGUCGUUGCGUCCUCAACAAAGAAGCAGGAGCUGCAGCCCUGCGCGACACGCGCGCGAUUCCUCUCCGUCCUCCCCCUCUUCCUCUUUCCGUUUCCCGGCGGCACGCGACUUUGCAGGCAGCCGGGCGCCGGCGGUGGCGCCGACCGCCGGGACCGACCUCAGCGUCUCCGCCCCCCCUCUGUUUCAUCUUUCUGCCCUCGAGACUACGUCCACCUCUGCAGGGGGGCUUGGAGCGUUCCCCGCCUCGACUUCGGGAUCCCCACAGGUGAAUGAAGAAUGCGGCAUGGAGGAGGACAGCAAAAUGCAGGUCCUCCGCCACGAGCUGAGGAUCGCGCUAGCGGCCUCGUCGAGCGUCAAAUCUGAAGCUGCGUGUGCAGCGUCUGCUUCGCUCUCGCGGGCUCCGGAGUCCCCCGACAAACGUGAACAAACCAUAAACCCUUCAAAGCUCAGUCCAUCUCGGCAUGCGCCGUCGAAAACGACAAAGGCAGGUGCACCAGUGAAUGCUUUUUCCGCUGUGCCUUCUGCCUUAGGGAGUGUGACCGCUGCUGCAACGGCUCGGAAGGCUGAGACGGCUGAGCAACACGCGGCUGCGACAUCCUCAGCAGCUGCCGACGCCUCGCAGAGUGCCUCAGCUAGCUCGCCGCCACCACCGCCGGGGCAAGGUGCUGCUGAGAGCGGAUGUGGGGCUGUGGAGGUCGAGAGAGACCGCGCGAGCGGAUCUACUCGCACAGUUGUCGAUGCAGAAAAGAGGCCGGGCGCCCCGCGACCGAAGGCAAGGGCGCCUGCGCCCGAGCGUGAGCCUCUGUCCGCCCCGGGGGACGACGCUGGAGCCGCUCAACGGAGCGCCGGCGAGACAGAGCGAACGUCGCCGCCGAGCCGCGACAAGACUCCUGAUGGUUUGCGUGGUGUACCUACGCCCCACGCGGCGCCGCGCUGUGCAUCGACAGUUCGCUGCGGCGAAGGCCGGGGCGCGCGCGUGAGGCCUUCGGCGGGGCGCCCUGCGGCAGGCCUUGGGCCGGUGAGCAGUGAAGCGUCGAGAGAGAGCCGAGGUUACCUCCUCUCUGCGGAUGCGCGCUUGCGCUCGCGAGGGGAGGACGGACUGAAUGCAUCCGUGCGUCCAGCGCAGAAGUGCGAGGCUUCGCGGCCUCCUCUCGCCCAGGCUCGAGAGGAAGCCGCGAAGAGACAGCCCUGCGCGGAGGCUGCGCCGCACGUGUCGCCCGACCUUCUGGCGUAUGCGUCUCCUUCGCUCACCUCCUUGUCGCCUUCUCGUUCUCCUGAGGCGGCCUCACGCGACUCUCUCUCUCCCUCGAGCAGACCAGCGGGGGAAGUCCAAGAGGCACACGUCGAAAUGGCGAAAGGAGAAGGCAACGCAGGGGUUCGAGGUGCGGCGACCGAGGGGGACACCCGCGACGGAACGCGGAAUGAUUCUCCUCUGGUCUCCACAGCUCUCUCGCCUUGCCGGCAUGUGCCUCCGCCGCCGGAGCGUGAGGCUACGGGGUCGGUGGAGGAGGAAGCAUCCGUGGACGGGAGUCAAGAGUUCAUUCCGGGGGAGGGAAGCAGCCCACGCACCCAAGAAGGGGAGUAUCGAAGUGCGCGAGGCGUGCCUCCUGAAGCUUCCACUGCGAAUGCAUGCACUUUGCCGCAGAGCCAAGCGAGGGCGACUCUCUCGGGGAAGGCGCCUGCGCCGGCGGACGCCCAGCCGCGCAGGAACAACCAGAGAACCGGCGAGCGCACUGCGAAUGAAGCAGAGGGGAGCGACGCAUGCGGGCGUGCAUCGCCGCAUGCGACGGGCGACAGCGAGGCGGGGCGGAGAUCUCCAACUGGAAGCCAAGACGUGAAGACCUCGAAUAAACGGAGUGAUGCGAGGUCUGUACCGGCGGCUGAGAGAGACACCGAGACGCAGAAACGCGAUGAGCCGGUCACGCAGCGAGAGAGACCGGUGCGGGCCGCCAAAGAAUCGAGCGAGCAAACUGUCGACGCGUCUGCGGCCAUGCAACUGUACCAUCGGGAGUUGAUGCGAGAAGUCGACUCUUGUCUGCAGGCCGGCCGCAGUGUAUCUGCAUCCUCAGCUUGGGCGCCGCCGUCCGCGUCCUCCGCGGCCCUGAUUCUCGACUCCCAGCCCUCAGCGACUUCGCAUUCGGCGGCUUCCUCCCACCUCGCUUCAUCUUCCUCGGCCCUGCCCUCCUCUUCAUUUACUUCUUCCUUGUCUUCUACUUCUUCCUCAUCACCUGCGACGCCCUUCGGUCGCGAUACCUUGCGAGCAGCGGCUGAUCCCGACAGCAUGGCCUCCGCGACGCGGCAGAGCCUCUCGGCGGCACCCGUCCAGCCGCUGUCUCCUCCACAGCCGGCGGCGAGGGCUGUGUAUCCGCUGUCUCCGCUGGCGGCGAAGGAGCUCGCAGCGGGGGGCGCGGGGAGUGGAGGCCUGUCUCCAUCCGCGCGUGCGGGCACCGCGGCCGCCGAAGCGGAUGCGCAGGGAGACUCCGCUGGGCGGAGUGCGUCGGCGACGCGGCAGGAAGACCAGCGGCAGGAACAUAGCCGGAACAAAGCAGACGUGGAUGGCGACCCUGAAGAGAAGGCGGCGGUCGCGACGCCCUCGCAUGGAGGAGAGCGCACGCAAGAGACUGGCGAGACGACGUGGGGUCGCGUAGGCCGUGUUGCACAGGGCGGCGCAGCGGAGAAGAGGAAGGGAAGAAAAGAAGAGGAGACACAGGCAAACGGGGCUGCCUCGCUGGAGCAGGAAACGACAACGAACUUAGUGAACAAGAAGAGAAAAGAGAGGGAAGACGGAGGAGAGAAAGCGCGACCGCACGGGAAGGCACCCAGGAGCUACAAAGAAGCAGACGCGGUGGCGAGGGAGCUCGCAAGGUCGUCAGAGGGCGAGAGAGACCGGGGCCCUCACAGUCAGACUGGAGCACCCGCGAGGGACGCCACCGCGGCGGAGAGGACUCAGAGAGAAGGGUGCGCUAUCGAAACAGAAAUGCAGCAAGGUGUGCUCAAUGUAGGCAGCAAUGUGGGAUCCAAGUCUCGCACGAAACGGACAGCAGAACGUAGCCACGAGAACGCAGAGUCGAAAGGACUCCGGAAGACCAAGAUGGCCAAGAGAGACGGGCACGGCAGAGGACAGGCAGGAAGCCACGCAGCGGGAGAGGGGCCCCGCGAGGAACUGGAGGCCCCGAAUGGCGCUGGCGACACGAAGGGCAGCAAAUCCGUGGAGUCGAAACGCGGACGCGCGGUCAAGAAAGAGGGACGCGGCAAGCGACAGCGAGCCCCCGGGGUGGACUGCGCUGGAGAUGGAGAGAGAAAGCCUCAGGGUGAGGGAGAGCGAGGAAAGCGAGACAAGGCCGAGGCAGGAGGCGGCAGGAAAGAGGCUGGCAGAGUUCCUGUCCGCGUUAUCGAAGACGAUGACUCUCACGUCAGCGGCGAUGCGACACACGAGCCUGAGAGACGGGGGACUCAAGCGCAUGUGCGGUUUCAAAAUGGCACGGCCGCGCAUCCGCCCGCGGCCAAGGAGGUGAUUGUCAUCGAUGAGGACUCUCCGGACAUGCCAGAACUCCGCGCUGAGCCGAGUUUGCCGGCCUCCUCCCAGCGGGCGAAAGUCCGAAGCAAAACUGGAUCUGUAGCACACAAGGCGGCGGCCGCUGCGGAGCUCGCGCACAGUAGAGAUCCCUCUGCGGUUGUGGGCUGGUCGUCGGCGAGCGCCAAACCGCCGGGCACUGGUCUUCCGGGGGGGACUGUCCCUUCGUCGCCCGUUUUGUCCGGCAGCCCGUUCAAACGAACCUUUUUCCCGUCUCCUAGAGUCCCUGGCGGCUUCCGCCUGGAUGUGCCGGAGGGCGAGGCGGCUUUUUGCUUGGUGUGGGGUGCCCACCCUGCGGAGGCGCGGCCGGGGCCUUCAGCCCCCGACGGCGUGCCGUCGGGGAGGCCGAGCGCGACCCCUGGCAGCGACGACGCAGGAGCGCCGGCGUCGCCGUCCGCCCCUCAGAGCGGCUCGGGGGGCGUCUGCCCCCUGCACGGGCCCAGCGCCGGGGCGGCAGCGGCCGGCGGCAGGCGAGCGGGAGAGCGGAGGGCGUCGGCGGCGGCGGAGACAGGGCGGGACGCGGCGGCCGAGCGACGACGAGCCGAGGAGGCUGGGCCCAAGACACCCGGAGGGAGCUCCUGUUCCUCCUGCUUAAAGAUCGUCAGUCUGUUCAGGCAAUUUUGUUUCGCUCGGCGUGCGCCCGACGGCUCUCUCCAGCCACUUGGCCUGGCAGCCGCUUCCUCGCAGCCGGCCCCGUCGAGCCCCACCCGCCGCGCGUCGUCCUCAGCUUUCCCUCCUCUUUCCUCCUCCGUUUCUGUCCCCUCGUCGACUCCACCCUCGCCCCCCGGCUGGUCGCGCUGGGUGUUCUCGCCGCGGCAGAAGGCCCUCGUGCGGAGAGGUUCGCUGCUGCAUGUGCAUUGGCGCUUCGCCAGCGGAGAGCCGAAAGCAGGGCUGGGGCUGGCGCCGCUGUCUGGCAAGGGUCGAGAGGCGCGGAGUGAGCGGGCCUCCAGUCGCGCGCAGGGACCCGAGGCUGGCGUCGCUGCAGAGACGGCUCCUCCGCGGGACCCUGCCUCUGCGUGCGCGAGGACAAAGCAAAGCGGAGGCGCAUCGCGAAAAGGAGGGGCUGAGUCAGGGGCCGCGGAAGGCGGGGGGGGCGGGGUGACGGUCUCGCGUGCCGCUCCAUCCGACUCGCAGAGAGGCAACACUCCGUUGGGCGAGGCCGAAGAGGGGCGAGAAAAACCAGGCGCGCCUGAGUCGCCUCUGAAGCUUUCCAGCCUCGUCGCAGGCUGGAGCGCCACAUACACCUGCCUGGAGGGGCACCUUUUUGACCGCGCCUACGAUGAGCUCGAAGCUGGACGAUGGUGUUCAGUCUGCAGUGCAGCGGCGCUGCUGACCUCAGCGGCGAAGCGGCGGGCGAUGCGCCACGACCGGCAUGUUGAAGAGAAGUUUCGGGAGAGACAGCAGAAACUCAUUCAAGAGGCGCACCAGCAGUUCGCAGCGACAGCGGCAGUCAUCUCCGGCACUCCAGGGACCGGUGGCUCAGGAGGCUCGCGGCCGAUUCCUCCGUGCAUGGCCAGACGGCGAGGCGUCGCUGGCGCGGUCCCCUUUGCGACCGCGGUCGGCCAGGGCCCGGCGCAUGCGACCGGGCGAGGUGGAGCCUCCAGGACGGAGGCCAGCGCCGAGUGUUUCCGGCACCUGUUCGCGGGACUUGACAAGGAUGUGCAAGAGCGGCUGCGAAUGCAGGCCCAGGAGGAUGUACGUCUCUUCUCCUCUUCUUCUGGCAGGCGCAAGGAAGCGGCGAAGCCUCCAGGCAGUCCCAUUGUGUCCUAUGCCACGCAGUACCCACCAACUGUCUCUGCGGCGGCCGCCGCGACCGCAGCGGCGUUUGCAGCCCGGGCGGCCGGAGGCGCGGCCACGGUCGGAGGCGAGGGGUGCGCGGGUGCGGGGCGACGAGACGCCGCCGGCGCAGAGAGCACGCAUGGCGGCUCGGGCGAGCCCGCGGCUGCGUGUUCAGGCAAGACGAAAACAAGCAAAGACGAAGGGACAAGUUCGCUUCAUCCUGCUGCGAGGGAAGGCUCCGGAGGCGAGGGCGGCGAAGACAGGGGAAGCGCGUCCGGAAAAGCACUCACAGAAGAACAAGCUCUGGCUGUUCGUCGGGUACUCGCAUGCAAGCAGAACAGUGCUUGGUACAUUUUGCAGAUUGAGCAGCCCUCCAAAGAGACGGCGCCGCACGUUCUCAGAAGUCAGGCUCGGGCCGCGUUCCGACAUCUCGCACUCCUUGUUCACCCAGACAAAAAUCCGCACCCCAGAGCAGCAGACGCAAUGCGUGCGGUGACCGGCGCGUUCCAGCAGAUCGCUGGCAAGCGAUGA